UUGAAUUUUACGGUCUUGAAUUCGUGAAUUUUGCUUGACAUAGACUAUGAUGACUAAUAUAUUUUCUGUUUGUCGUACUUCUAUUAUCACAGCAUGGAAUAUUUAAAUCAUGUUUUCAUUGGAUUGAUACUAAAAAAAAAUAAUCUGAAAGUAAAAGUAGGCCUCAAGUGAAAGAAAGACUAAAACGUGGGCCCACAAAAUUACAAAUAAGAAAGAUGCAUGUAUGUAUGCAUACUUUGCAGUUCUUACCAGACUUUAACGUUACACAUUAUUUCUUUUAAAUAAAGUAAUUAUGCCGUCGAUCUAGCAUUAUUAUUAAAUUAUACACAGACCUGGUGUAAUGUUGAUUAGUGAAUGAACAUUUUCCACUUAAAGUAGCUAAGUCUCUAACAAUAUUAUCCAAAUUCUUCAACAUUGAAAACACGAAUUAAUUGUCAAUUUAAAUCAACAUUGAUGUUGUGAUCUUACUGGGAAAAUAUGGGUUUCUGAUAUCCAGUAUUCAAGACAAAAUAAACAUUUUACCAUUGGUACACUAAUCGUGUACCAUAAUGUUUUUCAGCGUCAUUUGUAACAAGGGACUCGAAAAACAAGGCUAGGCAUAUUCCACAAGUGAUGUCAAAUGGUGACGUCAUAUUCUUAUCUGGAGAGCAUGCGCAAUAAAUACUAUCAGUGUAGAAUGGAAUAACAAGAUGCUAGAGAUUGCCAUUCGCUCAAGACUUCUGGCGUAUUUCGCUGAAUACAACUGAUUAAUGUAGAUCAGUUUAUAUACAUUCAUAUUACAUUAUUAUAUGUGUUGCAACUUGCAACCCAUUUGUGUCAAUUUCUAGAUCUCAAAUAUUAGCGACUUAGCUCCUUUAAGACUAAGUAGAGAUUAACAAUUUGAUUGGUUGAGAUUUUGGGGCACUAUUGACUAUAUAGUUAUUAGUACCGGCAUUAGUAUUCUUUUGAUAUCCAUCACGGUCUUUGGCCAAUCCUUAUACAGUACUUGACAUUUAUUCACAGUCAGUUCAUGAGACAAAGGAAAUGGCUCGGGGACGUGAAAAUAGAAGAAAUAAUGAUAAAAAUAAAGGAGAUGGUUGGGACGGAUGGGGUGGUUACAUGAAAGCCAAACAACAAAAGUUACAAGAGCAGUAUGUUAAAGAUGGUAUUUCAUCUAAUAUAUUUAAAGGUGUAUCCAUUUAUGUCAAUGGAUAUACAAAGCCAUCAUCUGAUGAAUUAAGAAGACUUAUAAUACAACAUGGAGGAGUUUAUCAACAUUAUUUAUACAAAACACAAGUUACACAUAUAAUAGCUACCAGCAUAGCUAGCAGUAAAACCAAGGAACUUAAACACAUGAAAAUAAUUAAACCAGAAUGGAUUACGGAUAGUGUUGCUGAAGGUAAAAUAUUAUCCUACAUACCAUAUCAACUAUAUACUUCCCAGACACGAAUACAAACUGGUAUGGGAGGAUUCGCUGCAGACACGAAAACAAUAUCAACCACACUUCUCAAAUCACCAAAUCAACGUGAAUAUCAACCACAAGAUACAAACAUUAACAUAGAUAAAUCACCAAAGACUACAGUCAAUCAGUAUCGCAAUUUUGAAGAUGGCACUGAUAAUAAAGAGGAAAUUGAUUCUGAACAUACGGAUGAUGAUUCUAUUUUAGGACAAUAUUUUGAUGAUGAUGACGAUGAAUCUUUGGUUCCUGUAGCCAUUCAAAAAAAUUCGGAACAAUGUCUUGCUAUAGAAACAGAAGAAACACUUAUCUGUACUAUUGAGCAAGAUGGCAGCACAAACCAUAAAAAGUUAUCUAACAGACUUGGUUCUUUAAAUAAAAAUAAAUCUGUUAGUUUCAGUGCUGAUUUAACAGACAAUUCUUUUAACUCUAGUGGACACAAGGGUGAAGCAGAUAAUAUAAAACCAAAUGUCAGUUCAUCGUUAAAGCCCAGUGUUUCUCCAAAUAAAAUGGCUAAAGCAGGUGAUGCUAAUUUCUUGUCAGAAUUCUAUGGUAAUUCACGUCUACAUCAUCUGUCAACAUGGGGAGCAGAAUAUAAAGCUUAUGUGAAUAAAUUACAAACAGAAAACACAGAUCAUUUUCCAGGUCGUGAGAAAUUAAGACAGUUUCAUGUAGAAUGUGUUGAGAGAACAGAAGAACUAGAUAAUUUACAGUCUGUAAAGGGUAAACCUGAAAGAAUUAUCAUGCAUGUAGAUAUGGAUUGUUACUUUGUGUCUGUUGGUCUUUUAGAAAGACCUGAUUUAAGAGGUAAACCAGUAGCUGUAACCCAUUCAAGGAAUAAAGGUCGAACAGCACCAACCCAAGGAUCUGAUCCAGAUUAUGAAAUGAAAUACUAUCGUUCAAAACGAGCAGAUCUUGGAGGAACAAAUACUACAUCAGACACAGUUAAAGAUGAGGAUAAUGAUGUUCCACCAGAUUUAAGGAAAUUUGACAAAUUUCAAUCAUUUGCUGAAAUAGCAUCGUGUAGCUAUGAAGCUAGAAAGGCUGGUGUGAAAAAUGGGAUGUUUAUGGGUCCAGCUAAGCAAUUGUGUCCUGAACUAAACACCAUUCCCUAUAACUUUCAGAAAUAUCAACAAAUUUCUAAACAAUUAUAUGACACAGUAGCCAGCUACACACAUGAUAUAGAAGCUGUAAGUUGUGAUGAAAUGUUAGUUGAUUGUACAGAUUUGUUAGCAGAUACUGGAGCCACACCAUUAGAGUUUGCCACUGUCUUAAGACAAGAAAUUUAUAACAAAACUGGAUGCUGUGCUUCAGCAGGACUAGCCUCUAACAUACUAUUAGCUAAGUUUGCUACACGUAAAGCUAAACCGAAUGGACAGUUUUAUCUACAAAAUUAUGAUGUUAUAGAGUUUAUUAAGUCACAGGCUGCUAGAGAUAUACCUGGUGUUGGUUGGUCAAUCAACAGAAAGUUAUCGAACUUGAACGUAACAACCUGUGGUGAUCUACAGAAUAUAUCAUUAGCCACUUUACAGAAAGAAUUUGGCCCUAAAACAGGUCAAUCAUUAUACAAAUCAUGCAGAGGUCAAGAUGAACGACCAAUCAAAAUGGAAAAAGAGAGAAAAUCAGUUUCUGCUGAAAUAAAUUAUGGUAUACGUUUUCAAAAGGAACAUGAAUGUGUUAAAUUCAUAUGUGAUUUAUCUGAAGAAGUUCAUAAUCGACUGGUGAAAGUAAAAUUAAAAGGAAAAGUUAUAACAUUGAAAGUUAAAGUGAGAAAAGGUGAUGCUCCUAAAGAAGCAGCUAAAUUUAUGGGACAUGGUAUAUGUAAUAAUGUAUCUAAAUCUAUAACUGUACCAUUAGCAACAGAUGAUGCCACAUGUAUAAGUAAGGAAUGUAUUAGUAUGCUUCAUGCUAUGAAAAUCAAUAUACAAGAUCUUAGAGGGAUGGGAAUACAGAUGCAGAGGCUUGAGAUGGAAGCUGGAACCACACAUAAUAAAAACACAAAAGGCAAUCAAAGUAUUCUGAACUUUACUGUUGCUAAGACAAACACUGAAACAAUAAAGCAACACUCAGUUGAAUCAACUGUUAUAGAUAAACCACAAUCUGGUUCAAACCAGCUUAAAAAUAAUAUAAAUGCAAGGAAGGAUACAAAAGUUACUAAAGUGAAGAGUCCAUCUUCAAUAGAUAUUAACACUUAUAAAGAUUUUCAUGUUGAUGAUGAAGAACGAAAUGAGAGAAAUAUAUCUUCACAGCCCAUAGUUAGUAAACAUAGAGUAACAUUAAUGAGUGGUUAUACAUUGGUUGAUGAAUUAGCUAGACGUAAAACAGCAAAGGGUUUUUUACCACCUUUACCUACAUUACCUAGUUUUAAUACACCAGACGACAAGUCACCUGUAUCUACAACUACCAGUAUUAAACAUGAUUCACCAAUGGAUUAUUUCCUUUCACCAUCACAGGUUGAUCCUGAUGUUUUAAGUGAAUUACCAUCAGAUAUUCGAGAACAGAUAGAAAAAGAGAUGAACUCUCGUAAGACUAAAUGUGACACCGACAUCAUAAUACACAACAGUCAGGAAGCUGGUUGUUCUCAUUGGCCAGGCAGUAUGACCUCUGACCUGUCUAUAAUAACAAGUAGAUCACCUGAAGAUGAUAGUCCUAUAGUUGCGUUACCAUCACCUUCACAAAUUGAUUUAGAUUGUCUGAAUGCUUUACCUAGAGAAUUACAAGAAGAACUUCAAUUUGCUUACAAACAACAACCUAACCAUCAGACAGUCGUCACUCAUCUACAGUCUCCUACUAAACAUUGUUCACCAGGAAAAACUAGAAAAACUAGUCCAUUAUUUAAAGUUCCUAAAGGUCGACCUGGCAAGAAAAGAAAACUUAGCCCCAAGAAGUUGUUGUUUUCUUAUGAAAAAUCUAAAUCCCUCAAUAAACCUGAAAUAAAUAAAAUAAGAGAGUAUGAUGAUGAUGUUAUAAGUAUAGAAGAUGAUAUUAUACCUACACUGGAACCAGAUAAACAUAAUGAUAUAGAUACUGUUGAUGAUAGUGUUAGUUUGUGUGGUGCUGUAACAAUAUCACAAGUCAGAUCUUUACUUAAAGAAUGGUUAUAUACAUGUCAAGAACCACAAGAAGAAGAUGUAGAUGUUAUAACUGCCUAUAUAAGUCAACUCAUAUUAGAUCAAAAUUUAGAACAAGUUGAUUUAGUACUCAAAUUUAUGUACAGGAAUAUCCUUAAACUGGACAAUAAUUUAUGGAAGCGUUCAUUGUAUAAUAUAGUUAAUAAUACACAGAGUUUAAUACAAUCUGUUCAUGGUAGUCGUCUAAAUGUAGACUAUAUGAACACUUGUAAAAUAAAUAUAAAAAAUCAGGACUACCAGACAAUAGUUCAUAUGACAUGAAAUAAAUACCAAAUAAUCCAGAAGAUCACACAAUUUACAAUUGUUGUGUUAGAUCGACAAAAUAAAAGAAUGUUUCAUAAAGGAAUUAAUUAUCUAACAGAGAAAUUGCACAGCUUACACUUGGACAAUACUUCAUCACAAGUCAGCGAAUGAUGGAUACACAUUAAUUGCUUGUAUACUAUUUAUUCAGAUUGUCAAAGACAAGUUACUCCAUCAGACAGUAAAAAGGCACACUUAGGGGGGCUGUGAAUUUCUGUUUUCAUCUUACCAUUUCUGUCCUACAUCGGAUUUGCCUGUCAAGCUUGACUGACCAGUUAGAAAAAACAUUUGUCUUCCUUGGUGGAAGCGGAUGUUAAGCCUGAUUAACUAACUUAAAGACAAUUUACAUUUAAUUAAAGAGUUGUGUAUACUUGUAUGUAAUUUUAGUUUCAACUAAUAGUGUACAUUAUUGGUGCAUUGUAAAUAUGAAAAUAUUAAAACCUGUGCCACAGUUUGACUCAGUACCUGGUUCGGCUAGGUUCCUUGUGCAUGGGACUCCACUGAAACUGCAUGAGUUUGUAUUCUGUUGAUGUUGCUUCACUUUUUCACUGUCUGUUUGUAACACUGCUAGAGAACUUAUUCAACAAUCCAUCUGUUUAUUAAUGCCAGUGUUAUCUUUUUCUUAUUUAUUUAGCUUACUUCCGUAUUGAGUUCUGUAAUGUGUAUGUCUACGGUCUGUAAUGGGUACCAAGCCUAAUACCUUGCUAUCAAAUCAUUUGUUUUGUACUUUAUACAAUUGUUAUAUAAAUUGAUAUUUCUUCAA